AGAGAGAGGUAACAGCAAGUUACAAAGAGAGGCGGAGAGGCCGGUGUUCUGUCAGUGUGAGUUUGGAGUUUGCGCAGCGCAUUGUGGGUCCGUGUUGUUGUGGAAGAUACUUCUUUCUCUCUGGUUCUUCAUCCUCGCCUUGGAUCAGGAGUUCGCCAGAAUGAGGGCAAUUGGAGCUCUUGUGUUGACUGGGGUAUUGGUGGGUAUGGUCGGUGCCCAUGACUGGGGUUGGGGCGCAUGUCCAGUGCUUCAGGCGAAGGCGAAGUUGAACGUGGAUAAGUACAUCGGCCUCUGGUACGUCAUCGAGCUGUUUGACUCAUCCUCAACCUGCCAGACCUUGAAUUACACUAGAUCGUCGGAAACCCAGCUGGCUGUCACGAAGAGUCGACAGUUCUACAUCCUCGACAGCCUAAGCAUCGACCACGCGAAUACGUAUACUGGGAAACUCGACAUCCCUAAUGAAGAUAACGCUGGAAAGAUGAGAGUGAAGUGGCCACUCAAUAUCGCAGGCAAAGCUGACUACACCAUCUUCGACACUGACUAUGAUACUUACGCUGUUGUUUAUGAAUGUCAGCAGAUCAGCACUCUGGCUUAUCGUCAGUCAUCUGCUAUCCUCUCCAGAAGUCCUACACUGGAUUCCAAGGUUGUCGACAGGGUAAAGAAAGAGCUGAAAGAUGCCGGUAUCUCCACCUCUCACUUCGACAAGAUUGACCACAGCGUCUGCACUCAGCCCUCCGACGCAAGCAUGAAGAUCGACAUCGACGACAACACCUUCAAAGACAUCGUCAGUUCUGCUGGCGAUGGAAUCAAGUCUGUUGCUAGUACGGUGGCCAAUGGAGCAAGUAACCUCGCCGACACUGUUGUGGACUUCACCCGCCGUUUUGGGGCGUCCACUGAUGGAAGCAGCGCCAGUGCUCCUAUCAAGGAGGACAAGAACUCGGACGUCGAAUUGAUUUCUUAAAAAGAAGAAAAAAAAGAAGAAGAGCUGGAGCUGAGAGAGAGCCUGUGCGAAAAUGCAGUGAUGAGGUUGUCACUGCUAGGAGUGUCUGCUGUCAAUGAGCUGCAGCGAAAAAUGAACAAUGAUAGUUUUUAAGCGAAUGAAAUGAGAGAGAGAGAGAGAGAGAGAGAGAGAGAGAGAGAGAGAGAGAGAGAAAUGCUUUUACAGAUUUUUUUUUACUUGUAAGAUAUGGAAGCACUCGCUUGUGUCCUUCCAAUAUAACGUUACCCAAGUGCCCUUAUUUAAAAUUUGGGGCAUCUUUAUCGACCAUUUUUAUACGUUUGAUGUUGUUCUUAUAUUGGUCUGAAAUCGACCAGUGUUUAUCAUAAUGUACAAAAUCUCGUAGAUUAAUGAGUGAAUUAAGACAGGUCGCGUGUACCGAGUGAAUGUUUGGUUUUAGCGUUUAAGACAUUCAUUUUUUUUAUUCCCGUCAGAGGGUCCUCGGCAUCUGUUGUUUCCCAGUUGUGUUUUUCGUUUUUAAUUAUUUUAAUUGAGAUUUUUGUAUGUGCGACUUAUUAAGAGAUGCCACAAAUAAAGUCUUAAAGUAAA